AUGAGGAAAAAACACCCUCAAAAAGUCAACACCGGUUUGCCCGAAGAACGCUACUCUAGCAUCCAAUCGCCAUGGCUACUCUCUGUUCGUGCCGCAGUUCUUUUAUUUGUGGCUCCACUGGUCACAGCAAGCUUCUUCAUUACAAUUUCGCAGUUCGAAGGGUCUCUGUCCAGGCUCGUAACGAUCGGUUUUAAACAAGGCUUAUUGAAAAUUAUGAUAGCUCACGGUUUAAGCCUCAGUCUUAAGCCCACGAUUGCUUAUGCGUGUUAUAUCGCUCUGCAAGCUGUGUUAUUUCAACUGCUGCCAGGUCCAAUAAACACAAGCCAACGUACACCAGCUGGAUAUCUUCUCACAUACCGGACGAAUGGGCUGUAUGCAUGGGCGGUUACUCAUGCUAUCUAUGCGCUGCUCUGCUGGUACGGCCUUUUGGAUCCUGGGUUUGUGAUCAGGAACUGGAAUGGGAUAUUUGUGGCGAUGAACCUGUUUGGAUACUUGGCUGUCGUUUUUGCUUAUGCAAAGGCGUAUUUGAGACCUAGCCAUCCAGAGGAUCGCAAGUUUAGUGGCUCCGCGCUCCACGAUCUUUACGCUGGCAUUGAGCUGAAUCCAAGAAUUGGAAAAACCUUCGACUUUAAGUUCUUCACUAACGGAAGGAUUGGGAUGAUUACCUGGACAUUGAUAGAUAUCUCAAGCAUAGCGUACCAGCACCAAACCCACGGCACCGUAUCCUCAUCCCUAAUCCUCGUCACAACCCUCCAAACCAUCUACACGAUUGACUUCUUCGUCAACGAAUCCUGGUACCUCCGCACCAUCGACAUAACCCACGACCACUAUGGCUUUUAUUUGAUCUGGGGGUGUUUUUGCUUUCUCCCGGCAAACUACACGCUCCAAGCGCAGUAUCUAGCUCACUAUCCGACAUCACCCUCGACCAUCUACCUAGCCGCAAUAUUCAGCAUCGGUAUUGCUGGCUACUCUCUCUUCCGCUCCGUAAACAACCAAAAAGACUGCGUCCGUCGCUCAAACGGAAAUUGUCUGAUCUGGGGAAAACCAGCUCAGUAUAUUACAGCAACAUACAAAACAUCCGACGGUGUAGAGCACAAGAGUAUCCUCCUGUGCAGUGGAUGGUGGGCCUGUGCAAGACACGUGAACUACGUGGGCGAUUUGCUUCUGUCAUUUAGUAUGUGCGCGUUGGUUGGGACGGAUAAAUUGUUGGUGUGGUUGUAUGUGAUCUGGAUGGGGGGAUUGCUUGUUCAUCGGUGUAUUCGGGAUGAGGGACGGUGUAAAGCUAAGUAUGGAGUAGCUUGGGAUGAGUAUUGCAGAUUGGUGCCGUGGAGGCUUGUUCCGGGUGUUUGGUGA